CUUCACUUAAAAGACGGUACGAACGAAGCAGGUCGUGAUGUAUAAACAAAAGUUUGCUGUCGGCGGCGUACUACAACUACAACCUUCAGAACGUAAACAUGGCUAUGUCCAAGAGCACCAACACAUAUAACAGGCAAAAUUGGGAAGAUUCCGACUUUCCAAUAUUGUGUCAGACAUGUUUAGGAGACAAUCCAUAUGUGCGGAUGAUGCGAGAUCGCUAUGGUAAAGAAUGUAAGAUCUGUACAAGGCCUUUCACAGUCUUCCGAUGGUGUCCUGGAGCAAGGAUGAGGUUCAAAAAGACAGAGGUAUGUCAGACUUGUGCAAAGCUUAAGAAUGUGUGCCAAACUUGUUUGCUGGAUCUGGAAUAUGGUCUUCCAACACAGGUGAGGGACUCUGCUUUAAGCCUAACAGAUGACAUGCCCAAGAGUGAAGUCAAUAAGGAAUUUUACAUUCAAAAUAUGGAACGUCAGAUGGCAGCAACAUCUGAUGGAAGCACACCUGGAGGAGUUUUAGGUAAAACAAAAACACAUUCUGAGAUGUUGUUGCGUCUUGCUCGCACAACACCAUACUACAAACGCAAUAGACCACACAUCUGUUCUUUUUGGGUUAAAGGAGAAUGUAAAAGAGGAGAGGAAUGUCCUUAUCGUCACGAAAAACCAACAGACCCAGAUGACCCACUUGCAGAUCAGAAUAUCAAAGACCGUUAUUAUGGUGUCAAUGACCCUGUUGCAGACAAACUCCUAAAGAGAGCAGCAGCAAUGCCACGGUUGGAACCACCAGAGGAUAAGUCAAUUACAACCCUGUACGUAGGUAAUCUUGGUGACAGAAUUGGAGAAAAGGAGCUACGUGAUCAUUUCUAUCAGUAUGGGGAAUUACGAAGUGUUAAUGUAGUGGCAAAACAGCAAUAUGCUUUUGUUCAGUUUACCACAAGAGCUGCAUCAGAGGUAGCUGCUGAACGUACUUUUAAUAAACUUAUAAUACAGGGUCGUCGUUUGAACAUAAAGUGGGGUCGUUCACAAGCCAGACAGGGAGCUUUAGGUGGCAUGGAGGGUCUUGAAGGAGAAGAUGUUGCACCUCAGCCAUUAGAACCAGUACCAGGUCUCCCAGCACUUCCCCCACCUCCUGAAGAACUGCAGAAUAACUUCUUUAACCUACCCUCUGCAGCAGCCAGUAUACCUUUGCCUCCUGGUCAAGGUCCUCCAACAUCAGGGGCACCAACUAUACGACCACCAAGGCCACCAGGCCAAGCACCACCAAGACCACCAGUUCCACCGCCUGGAGGCAUUCCGGGGGGACCUCCACCACUAGGACCAUUGGGUCCUCGGCCUCCUGGUGUGCCACCAGCUCCUCCUGGCCAUUUACCCCCUCUACAGCCACCUCCAUUUUUCCCUCCUCAUUUGCGGGCACCUCUUCGACCACCUCCUGGUGUUCGUCCUCCAGCAUUCUUCCCUCAGCCACCACCUAUUCCCGGAGUUGGUCCUCCCCCUCCUCUUACUCAUGGUAUUAUUCAUUAUCCAUCACAGGAUCCUACUCAGAUGGGUGCAAAUCCAGAUAAGAAAUAGCAUGAUUUUAUUUGUACUUUUAAUUAAUUGCUGGUUUUAUGUGACAGGUGUGUAGUUCUGUUGUCUCAGAAUAAAACACGCAACUUU